AUGGCUCUCUGGCUUCAUGAGCGCAAAAACUAUCUUCUUGAGUUUAUCAGACUCGAAGAAUGUGGGGACUACGCAUCCAGGGAAACUUGCCAAGGGCACAGUGAAUGUGAAUCUGAGCCUGGAUAUUGUUGCCGGGAUUGUUUUGGGACAGAGCUCUAUUGUCAAGAGUGUAUCAUCAAAUUCUGGAAUGGUUCUUUCUUCGAGGAUACCACACUCAAGUAUCUCGGACUCCGUGUCCAGCUUGGCCACCCGGUUGGCGAGCGAUGUUUCAACCAUUCACGAGCCUAUGAUGAUGAUUUUAACAUUCUCGACAUUAAUGGUAUCCACAAACUCGCCUUAGAUUUUUGUGCAUGUGAGAGUGCACUAAGUCACAUUAACCAAAUCCUGCGAGCUCGCUGGUAUCCUGCGACCAGCAUAGAUCCUAAAUCAGCAGUGAUGUUCCAUCUUCUAGAGCAUUUUCACAUGCUUACAUUCGAGUCCAAAGCCUCUGCCUUCGAAUAUUGGCAAACCCUGGUGCAUCUUACCGAUAAUACAGGCAUCAAGCCAUGCAAGGAUCGUUAUGACAGUCUUUUGCGCAUGAUCAAACAAUGGCGUCAUGAUCCCGCUGGCAUCAAUGCGACUGAACAGGGCUCAUGUGCUGUGGUUUGUCCUGCAUGCCCCCACCCAGGCAAGAACUUACCAGAAGACUGGAAAGCAGCACUUCUGGACAAAUGGUGGCUGUAUGCACAAUUUCUGGCCAUUGAUGUGAAUUUCCGCUUGGCACGCAAGAACGUUUCCUCAGACAGGAUUGACCCUGGUUUGAGUAGAGGAUGGGCUUAUUUCGUCGAGGAGACUGGAUUCAAAGGAUUCCUGACCAAUGUUGGAAUGGUACCACAAGAGAAAAGCACGUGUGCUAGUCACAAUGCCGUGAAUCUUGCUGAAAUGAAGAACUUGCGAGGAUUGGCUGCAACUGGAGCUGGGACUGUGGAUUGUUCUCGUCACAACUUCAAGUGGCCAUGUGGAGUAGGUGACCUUCAGAAGGGUGAAAAGUAUAUCAAUAUGGAUUACCUAUUCUUCUCAACCGUGCAACAUUCUGAAGAUAUUGUUGUAUUGAAUGUGUCUUAUGAUAUCGCUUGCCAGUGGAGCAAAAACCUAUGGGGCCGGAUGUCGAAAUACCCAUCACGCAUGCACUUUGCGUGUGGACGAUGGGUCCUGGGGGCUCGUCGUGAUACACUGGAUGAUCAUUUCGGCGACUACAAUUGGAAGAAGGUUACGAACUUCGGUGUCAGUUUACUGAGUAAAAUGAAGACUGUGAUUCCUGAACGUGACCAACACCAACAAGAUUUUGACGACUUUCACCUUACACUCAUGGAAGAACGACCAGGUGAGGUGGCGCAGUGGAAAGAAGUUGUUGAAAACUGGGAGGGCGACGCUUCCAACAAAAACCCCUUCGAAAUAACGACCAUCAGUAGACUCUCUCAACAGGAAGCUGAAGACCUCGAAAGAGGUUUCAACAAUUCACUACACACGGAGGUGUCACCCAGCAUACUCAUUUCAUCAGGAAUGGACCUCGAGGAACAACAAUUUCACCUGCAGCAAGAUCAUAACACUUGGAGUGGCCAUCCGACAGACUUGCAGCUGACAAAGCUACAAGAGCAUUCAAAUGCACUGCUGCGCAAGAUAGAGCAGUGGUGCAAUGUCCAACUGCUCUACAUGCCUGCCUCAGCUCGCGAGGAGAAGGCCUAUGAAAUCAAACUUUGGCUACCAUCAAAGCUGAAGGAGGCAGCUGAGAUAUUGUGUGACACGCAGCUUUGUGAGUAUGAAUGGGAGUUGCGGCGUGCUCAGGCACAUGAAGCUCACGAUGAUGUUCGCCGGCAACUUCGUCUUCGCGCACAUCUCUACAAAUUCAAGGAAGCCUACAUUCACGGGCAAUGGGCCAAUCGGAAAACUGCUGCUCGGUAUCGCAGGGCCUGGGCGGCAGUCAAGACACUGUCAGCAGUCCUGGACAAACCGAACUGGGAGGUAGAAUUGCCCGAGUUGCUGGUGGCUGAUGUUCGCGGGAUGUCAGAGGGAGAUAUUGGCCAAUCUGAAGGUAACCGCACACUUUUGUGGAUCUGGAAGGCUUGUGGGGUGGCUGCAAUGGGAGAAGAUGGCGAGGCUGUUUUAUCAGAAGCAUUGCAUAUUGAAUGGUGCAAAUUGAGAGCGCACGCCAAUCGUUGGGCCGAAGAAGUCGAGCUCCUGCAAGAGGAGAUGCGGCAUGUAGCAAGCUUUCUUUCAUGGCACACAGGGCAGUGGGAGGAGCAGGCAAAUCGGAGGACUGUCCUACCUGCACCUGAACAGGAAGGGAUCCAGGGAUAUGCGAAAUGCCAGGCCGCUCUUUGA